CUAAUAGCUUUCUGCAACAUAGAUGUACUAAAAAAUAUCUCUCAGCAAAACUAUGGGUUGUAUCAAUACUAAACCAAAGAAUGAGGACAUGAAGAAAAGACAGACACGAUGGCAAAAACUCUGUAACAGAUUCAGAAGAAAACACAAGGUUGGACCGUCAAACAACCAAGAGACUACAGGAUCAAUGGCGGCAGACUCGGGUAUGGAAACUGUUCCACUGUCUUUGUUCGAGACCACCGAAACUCGUGUCGUAUCCGAGGUAAUCAGAGGAAGCCCCCGAGGUGUUCCGGUAGAACAAGGCACACCAAUGAUAAACAUCGCCAGGAAAGCAGAGGACAUCAUAAUGGAACAGCUGAAAGAGGAGGGGAUCGUACCUAGAAAGGCCAGAGGGGGAGUUGCCUUCGAUAUUAGGGAUAACGUCUGCAAACCGUCUAAAUCGAAAAUAGAAACAAAUGUUGACAUGCUUCAACCAACUCCUGGUGCGCCACAGUAUACCAAAGAAGAGUCUGUUUUAAUGGCCAAGAUCUCUGCGGAGGAAGGCAUUUCACAUCAGCGUCCCCGACUCCUUCCACCUCUUGCAAUUGGUUAUACUUCAGAAGAGAAAGAAAUAAUGGCAGAUAUUAUUAAAAACGAAGAGUUCCAGGCGAAAGGACACAUGGCACGUAUUUCAAAUGAAAGGAGGAAAUUAGCAAGAGAAAGACGGGAGAAGAAAGAAAAGGAAAGGAGAGAAAAAGUCGAAGAGAAAAUGAUGAAAUGUUCCGUAAACAAAGAUGGCAAGGUAGAAAAGAUGAAAAUUGAUGAAAAAUUAGAAAGAGCUAGAUUGAAAAGAGAAAUAAAGCAACAAGAGCUCAAAGCUAAAGUAGAGAGGAAGAUAUCAAGAAGCGAGCCAAAACCACAAGCAACUAAGGAAAGGUCCAAUUUGAAGCAGGAAAAGGCGAGAGCUAAUAGAGAGUUAAUGCUGGUGAAUCGUAGGGACAAAUGGCUGCGGAAGCGGGAGUUACAGGAGGAGGCUAAGAGGCGUCGUGAAACAAGGGAGACAACUAUGGGGUAAUGGAACUAUAGAGACUGUUUCUUCCACAUCGUAA